UUUUUUUUUCUCACUCUCCCAAAGAAACACGUUAAAGAAACACGUCUAAAAGUCAACAAAGACUUUAUACAUAUAAAUCUUACAACAAAAAUGGCAGAAAUUUCUACCGAAGUCAAUAAAGAAAUUAUCGAAGAGUGGCCUACCCAAAAUACUGCUAAAUUUGGUAGAAAUUUAACGGCAUCUGAGGUUCACUAUUAUUUAGAAUUUCAAGAAUAUCCUAAUACAUCUGAAACUGGUUUCGCAAGUAUUUAUAAUGUAUCAGGUUGGGAUGAGAAUGAAGCACAAAAAGCGUUUGCUAUGAAUAAUAUUCAAUAUUCAUAUGGAGGCAAUGGUACAAUUCGCAAAGUACAAAAUUGUGAUUUUUUUCCUGGAAUCAGAGUAUCCAAGGAACAACGUAAUUGCCUUAGUUUUAAAGUAUGUGAAUUUGCGUCCAAAGAAUUAGAUGUUGGUCAUACAUCUGUGGAUUUUUCUAAAUCCUUUUUCAAAAAUAUAUUUGACGCCAAUGAAAAAUUUCAUGAGAAAACAACUCUUUGUGUGUUCGCUAAAGCAUAUGAAUGUCAUUGUGAAUAUAUUGAUCAAAAUGGAGUAAAAUGUAACGGUAUACCAAAAUUAUGUGAAUUUAAUCAAGUGGCUGGUUUAAUAACAUCAAAAAAAAAGUUUAUUGGAUGUACUAAUUGGAAACUAAAAGAAAAACACCAAUAUUUAACAAUUCCAAAUAAUGUUGAUCUGGAAUUAUUAGAAACGAUGUUUAGUGAAUAUUCCUAUCAUCCUUAUGGUAUCGAUUUUAAGAACGAUGAAGUUAAUACGGUAGAUGAGUGUUUUAUGGUACGACCUAAUAUUGCACGAUCUGAUGAAUGUCGAUCUGUGAGUAAGAAGGCUAGUGCAUGUCCUGUUACAUUCUAUCAUAUAAUUCCAGAAAAUUUAAAGGAAUGCCCAUUUAUUGCAACUGUAUCUGUGGGAAAACAUAAUCAUCCACCUCCACCACCUUAUAAAACCCCAUAUAAUAUUAAAAAUCAACUUCAAAAUAUAAUCAAUAAUGAACAUACUCUUGAUUUAACAAGAAGAAAGUUUUUAACUGGAACAAUGAUUCAAAACUACUUAAAUGGAAAACAAUUAAGUGAAUUACAUCCAUCAUUGAAUAAUCAAUCUAAAAUUGAUUAUUAUAUUGGCAAAACUCGACGUUCACAAUAUCCAUAUGGACAAAAUAUCUUGGGAGUUACACAUGAAUUUAUGAAACAUGAAAAAAGAUUUCUUGAUAGUGGCCAAUAUAUUGUUGUAUGUGCUACAAAGCAACAACUUAAAGCAAUUCCUGAAUUGACAUAUUUUGAAAUUGAUAUGGCAUUCAAAAGAAUUCAUGGUGUUACAAAUGAAUGUGAAGUAUCAGCAUAUGUAUCACGAAUACAAAAAACUUUAACUUUUGCACGAAUAUUUACAAAUAUUGAGACGGCUGAUGCGUAUCAAACCCUAUUUGAAGACUUGUUUAAUUGCAUAGAAAAAGAUACGGGUGAUAUAUUUAAUUUUUAUCAUAUUCAUGGAAGGGGUUUGGGAUGUAUUAUCGCAGAUCAACACAAAGGGCAAGCUUUAGGUUUAGGUCGAUAUUUAAAUUCAAAGUAUCCAAAUUUAACGCCACGAAAUAUUGACAAAAAUAAGCAGAUAUCAAGUGAAAUUCGAACUUGGGUAAAAGAUAAACGUGUUUCAUGGGUACUAUCGGGUAUAUCAAUUGCAUUUACCAAAAUGGAUCAUAUUAUUUGGAAUCAAACACCAAAUAAUACCAAUGUGGGAGAAAGUGCACAUGUAAACGUAAAUCAUGAUGGACGAUGUAACUUUGAUAAACGACAGUGGGAAAGUGGAAAUGUCUAUGAAAAAUAUAAUAUUCCUGAUUCUUAUAGAGAUAAAUCUGAAUUGGCACGAUCAAUUCAAGCUGAGAAAAGAGCGGCAAAAAAGCGUAAAUGUAAACAAACUUCAUCCUUGAGUACAGUAAAAAAACAAAAAAAUCCAUGUUUUGAUCAACAAAGAAAAGUUAAUACUUUGGCGCAAGAAACACUAGCUAUUCGAAAGCAGGCAAAUGAUGAGCUUGAAAGGGAAAUUGCACUGCUUGAGAAAAGAAACAAACUCUUAGGUUUAUAAUUUUUUCAACAUGAUUUUCAAUUACUUUUAUAGAGAGUGCAGCAUGUUCGAAGUAAAAUAAAGUAAUUUUCCAAUGACAAUAAUAAAAAUAUUUGCGCACGUUAACAGUUAAUA